AUGCCUGUCAUGCCACCUUGGACUAGAGUCGCCAACCGGAGACUACUCCAGUUAUCAACCAAAGCUAAUAUUGUUGUAGCUAAGGAUGGCUCUGGAAAUUUUACCACCAUUAAAGAUGCUCUCAACUCCCUUGCAAGUUCGUCUCAGAGGAUCAGCAAUGGCCGGUUUGUCAUUUACGUGAAGAGAGGAGUGUAUGCUGAGAACGUCCAGAUUGAUAGCAGCUUAGAUAACCUCACUUUUGUUGGUGAUGGCAUGGGCCAGACAGUCAUCACGUCCGGCAGAAGUGUCUCCGGCGGUUACACCACCUUCAGCUCCGCCACUUUCAAUGUAUUUGGAGAUGAAUUCAUAGCGAGUGGGAUAACGUUCAGGAACACAUUCGGGCCCGGAUCACAAGCAGUGGCCAUGCUCUCCGGGUCAGAUCGAUCAGUGUUCUAUCGUUGUAGCUUUGAAGGGUACCAAGAUACUUUAUUUGUAUACUCACAAAGACAGUUCUACAGAGAGUGCAUUAUAUAUGGAACCAUAGAUUUCAUCUUCGGCAACGCGGCCGUCGUGUUCCAACGCUGCAACAUAUUUGCACGCAUGCCCCGGCACGGCGAGGCCAACGUCAUCACCGCCCAAGGCCGGCUAGACCCAAAUCAGAACACAGGGAUUGUUAUUCAUUCUUGCAACAUUAGAGGAACUUCAGAGCUUUGGAGAGCUCGUAAGACAGUGAAGUCCUAUCUUGGAAGGCCAUGGAUGAAGUACUCAAGGACUGUGUACCUUAAAAAUUAUAUGGAGAGUAUCAUUAAUCCUUCAGGAUGGUUGCAAUUCAUUGGGAACAAUUAUUUGGACACGUUGUAUUAUGUGGAGUAUAAGAAUACUGGAGCUGGGUCUAGAUUGUCACAGAGAGUGAAGUGGCCGGGGUUUCACAUAGCUGUGCUGCCGUCGCAGGUGGCACAGUUCACUGUUACCAACUUCAUCUCCGGCGGGCCUUGGAUUACGUCUGCCGGAGUGCCGUUUAUCUCAGGUCUUUAA